AUGGGACGGCAGCCACCUGAACUAGGAACAGUUCACAAUGAAACGCACCAGGGAGGGGGAAAUUUGCGGACAACCUCAAGCAAGAGUCUCCCAACUUUUCUUGCCUUACCAAGUGAAAUUCUACUAGAAAUUCUGCAAUAUUAUGUGGAUUGCACGUGGGAUACCAAGACGGCCUACUGUCUGGAUCUACGGAGAACUUGCCGUACCGUUGAUGACGCUGUUUCACGCAUUAUUUUCCAGAGGAUUGAUCAUGGCAUCAUCCUUCGGAGUAAGAAGCCAUUACGUGGCCGGACUCUGAAGUGGCUACUCCUUACCAAAUCAAAGAUUCAAUACACCAAAAAGGAAGGGCUUUUCGCAACUAUUCAUGAAUCCGCAGCAUGGAUGUGUACGCAAAGCGCAUUUUACUCUGGGAUUCUCUACACCUAUGAUGACUAUCUCGAUGCUGCGUGCUGCGCUAUUGUCGCUCGUCAUGAAGGUGACUGGAUUUUGCAAAACGCGAUUUUUGGAGUUUCAACGUGCCGAGUCGGUUUUUUUCGGACUAAUCAGAAUAAGGCACAUACGGUUGAGAGUGAUUUGGAUCAGGAUGUCAUCAAAAUUCAUGCAUCUGAAAUGGCCAAUGGCGCCCUGCAUCUUGCUGCGUCGCUUGGGAAUGUCUCGGCUGUGAUGUCGCUACUCGCAAGAGGCGUAGAUCCAAACCAAAAUCAUUCCCUGUACGGAUAUGCUCUGAUUGCAGCCAUAUUUAGUGGCCACGUGGAGAUAGUUCAACACUUCGUCAAACAUGGCGCUGACUUAAACGUGCAGCCUCUGGUCGGUGAGCCUCCUGUUGUGCUUGCUGCUCAGAGAAAUAGCAAAGACAUAGUAGACUUGUUGGCGAAGGAGGGCCGUGUUCAGGUGAACAACAGCUGUAAAAAUGGGUUGACUGCCUUGCUAUGGGCUGUGAGGCGGGGAUGGUUGGAUACAGUCCAGACACUUCUUGGGCGAGAGGAUAUCGACCCAGAUUCUUUAACAGCAUGGGGAGACUCGCCGCUUGCAACAGCGAUAAAGUGCCGGCACGAUGACAUCGUUCGCUUACUGAUCAGCCGACUUGAUGUUGGUCUUAAAUUUCGUUCAGGCGUACAGGGUCAAUUGUUGGCUGCCGUCAGAAGGGGCUCAUGUGAAAUCAUGAACUUACUACUCGACAAGUACAGGCUUAACCCGAAUAUUCAUCUCAAGGCUGAUAAAUCUCUCUUAGGUCUUGCUGUAUUUUGGCGACAGAAAUCUAUCGUGGUUUUACUUUUGAAGCACAAGGAUGUCGAUCCAAACUAUAGGCAACAAGACACACAUCCUACGCCUUUAAUGAUAGCGAUUGAUAAUGGCGACACCAAAAUGGUAGAGCUUCUCAUUGCUCACAAGGGCUUGAACCCCAAUCUCACGUCCAUGGGACGUUCGCUUAGUAUGCUAGGUCUAGUUGCUUUGAAAGGUACAGAUGUGACUCUACGCAGUCUUCUCGAUCAUCCUGAAAUCGGAGACCCAAACGAGGGGGGGGAAGAAGAGCCCACGCCUUUGUUUACUGCGAUAUCCCGUGGCAAUACUAGUGUGGUCAGAGAGCUCCUCAAGCAACGUGACGUGGACCCCAACAGAUCUUCAGUGAACAGAGGGCUGCAGAUGAUGACACCGCUACAGCACGCAGUUGAGUGUGGUAAUAGGAAGAUAGUCAAGUUGUUGCUGCGUCGAAACGAUUUGGAUGUGAACAAAAUUGGGGAAAACAGUCAUACGCCUCUGGAGCUUGCUGUCCUGAAGGAGGAAGCACCCAGACUUACAUUUCUCCUGCUUACAAGAACGGACAUUUAUAUCAAUAGGAGAUCCGAAAUCCGCAGACAAGAAUACUUAGUCAAGACUCAUCGCAUGACUACGGAGCUGAAUAAGCUGGCCUACAACUUUAAAUCAGUACAUGCUGAAGGAGUUGGACUGGGAGGUGGAGAAACGAUACUUUUAAUCAACGCGAAGGAUGGAAGGGUUGGGUCUGUCAUGCAGCUUAUGCGAGACAAGCGUAUCAAUCCGAAUAUAGGAGAUGCAUGGGAAAGAACGCCACUUUGGUGGGCGGCUCGGGAGGGUCAUGGGCAGGUGGUGGAACAGCUCCUUGAGCUCGGCGACAAGAUCAAGCCAUCGUUUGUUAACGUAAAUGCUCAGGACCUGGAAAGCUGGUCACCUCUUCUCUGUGCUGUGAAUGGAGGUUACGAGCCAAUCGUUUCCGCGCUCCUUAAGAGGCCUGAGAUCGAUCCAAAUCUUGCCAAUGAGGAGGGCUGGACGCCCUUACAUCUUAGCGUGGCCCGAGAAAAUGAGGGAAUAGUAAAGCAAUUGCUGGCACACCCCAAAACGAAUGUCUGGGCAAAGCUCAAAGUCGGUCGGACAGCACUGGAACUUACUGGUCCUACUCGGAGGAGGAUAUUCAAUGCAGUGAAGGCUCGUGAAAAUCGAGACGCCGGGCGACGAUGA